AAGUCGCCAGUUUUCAGUUCAGUUUCGGCCUCAGUUUGUCGCCGCACCCCGCCGCGUGCGCACGUGUCGCGCUAAUGUACGUGGCCGUCUCACCGACCGAUUCAAACACCGUUAACGUCCUAAAUGAAAACCUAAUGGACGUACGAGGUAGUCCGUAGUUUCCAUGCAUGCUUGUGUACCUGUGUGACCGCCAGUGGAGUGCAGUGUUGUGUUUUUACUGUUUUGUAUAAGUUUUCAUGGAAUGGAGGAGAUUCGCAUUUCGGAUUGGCCUGAGCCGCCUGGCUCGCAUGCAUGGCUGCCUGCUUAUGGCUUCCAGCAUGAAAUAAUGGAGAAAGACGAAUAUUUCGGCUCCAAUGGUGACAAUGGCAGUAAUCACGCUUUGUAUCUCGAAACAAUAGUCGAAGAGACAAGCGAUGACCUGCGUUCCGAACGUUCUUCCGCUGCUACAUGGCUCUCUGAUUCCGAUGCCGAUUCCGUUAUUCAUGUUCGAGGCACGGCAGGCUCGGAGUGCGACAGCGAGUCUGAGAGGGAAUGGGCGUGCCCGGCCAAGCGGAGGCGGCGGGAGCGCGCCUCCUCGCCCGCUAGCGUCGGCUCCCUCUCGCGCACCUCCAGCCUCGCUCAGUUCGAGUCCCUCGAGCGCUCGUGCGCAGCGCCCGCGUCCCCCAGCCUGUCGCCCGACUCGCUGGAGUCCCCGCCCGCCUCGCCGCCGCCAGCGCGCCCCGCGCCGCGCGCCCACCUCUCCGCCGAGAACCUCAGCGAGGACAGCGGCUACAGCGAGCGCGCGCGCCGCCCGCCCCCGCCCGCGCGCCGCCAGACCGAAAUAGCGGCCGCGCCCGCCGCCGCCGGCAGCGCGCCGUGCCUCGCGUCGCCCAGUGCCGCGCGCCGCCCGCCCCGCGCCGCGCGCGCCGCCUCUCUGCCCGCCGAGCUGGACGUGUGCGCCGAGCCGCGCCGCCUCGUAGCGCACGGCGCGCGCUUCCGCCAGGCCUUCGACGUGUGCGACAGCUUCACCGUCAGCGUGGCCGACCUCACCGCGCUGGACUACCGCGCGCCGCGCCGCCCGCGCGUGCCGCCGCCGCCGCCGCCGCGCGCGCGCGAGCCUAGCGCCGGCAGCGACUCCACCACCGAGUCCGAGCGAGCCUUCGCGCAGGAGAUGGAGGCCACCGCGCGCCGGCUCGACGACACCGCGCGCCGCGCGCUCGCCGACGCCGGCAACUACGAUCGAGAGCUGUCCGUGCUGACCGCGCGCCGUCUGCGGGAUUCGUGGGGCGCCUGGGAUGACGUGGUCGACGAGCUGCGGCGCCGCACGGAGCCGGCUUCCGCCUCGCCCUCGCCGCCGCGUUCGCCCUCGCCCGCGCGCGAUCCGGCCUUCGCCUCCACGCCGCUGCGCGCCGGCGACGCGCGCGUGCGCUCCACACCCGAGCUGCGCGCGCGCGCCCCACCGCCGCGCGACACCCCGGAGGAGCUGCGCGCCUCGCUGCAGCUGGUGGCGCCGCCCGCCGCGCCCGCGCCCGCGCGUUCCGUGUCCGCGGGCUCGAAGGGCGUCACGUUCUCCCCCGUGGUCGCCGAGGUGAGCUGGCGCGAGUCGAGCGCGAGCAGCGGCGCGAGCUCGGAGCGGACGACUAGCUCGAGCUCGAGCGCGAGCGUGGACGCGGCGGACGCGGAGGUGGUGGAGGUGGAGGGGGGCGGCGCGGAGGCGCGCGCGCCGGCCGCAGAGCGAGCGAUGGCGGACGCGGGCGCGCGCGCGCCGCGCAGUCGCAUAGCGGGCUUCCUCUCGCGGUUCGCGAACUUCCGAUUCUCGGGGCGCAAGGAGAAGAAAUGCCGCGCAGGCGCGACCGCGCUCGGGCGGGCGGGCUCGGCGCCGGGCGGGCCGGCAGACGCGGCUGUGGCAGCGCCGCCGGCGGCCGCGGGGCCGCAGUUCGUGCGCAUCCCGCUGGCGGAGGCCCAGGUGGCGGCGGGCGGCGUGGCGCACAAGCCGCCGCGGCCGCGCCCGCCGCCCGCGCCGGCGCCCGGCGUGCUGGAGACGGACGUGGACACGCAGCGCACGGUGCUGCACGCGCGCUCGCUGCUGGCGCUGGCGCCCGCCCCGCCGCCGCCGCAGCGCCCGCCGCGCCCGCACAAGUCCAUGGAGUUCCUGCUGGACAAGGACAGCGCGCAGGCCGUGCAGCCUCCAGAGAACGAGUUGCAGAAGAAUUCAGACCGCGUGCUCUCUGAGCACGAGCUCCGGGUCCAGAGGUCGUUGCAAAAGCUCAAUGUGCCGGAAUGGUACAAGAAUGCCCCCGCCCCUCGGGAGGGCUUCCUCCUCCGCAAGCGGUUGUCUGACGCGUCGGCGUCGGCGGCGCGCUGGUCGGGCCUCAACUCCAAGACCACUUCCCUCAGCAGUCUCGGCGCCAACGCGCAGCCGCCUGCGCCGCAGCUGUCUCCGCACACCACGAGCUUCGGACGGUGGUCUACUAGCCGACUUAACUCGAACCAAACGUCGCCUUGCUCAUCGACUCGGAGCAGUAUCCGCGGCACGAGUCCCCUGUGUUCCCCGUCUGCGCGCUCGUCGUUCAGCGCGCGGCAGCCCUACCUCGGCUGGAGGAGUCAGGAGCGACUCAACUCUACGCCUAGAACUCCUCACGAAAGGUUAGCCUCAUCUCUUCUUCAGCAAAGCGCAUCAGCGAGAGCGUCGGAGGAGAUCCAGACGUCUAUAAAGGAAGUGACGUCAGCGAUAGUCCACUACGUGUCGGGUCUGGAGCCGGCCAACGGUGACAUAGACAGGCAACCCUCGCCGAGGUCCAGUCAGAAGCUGUACUGGCUUGAGAGCUCGUUUGUUGGUACAAAACCGUUAGAGUCGCCACAGACGCCCCUCGUGGUGUCGGAGGCGCUCCCCCCGCCGCACCCGCGCCCGCCCUCCUCCCUCCGCCUCGACCACCGAGCGGCGCCCGACUGGCAAGACACGCAUCGCCAUUCGUCGCUAAACUUGGGCAUAACCAGGCCGUCUCCCGGGUCCACCACCUUGGAAGACGUGCUGGACUCUCUCCUGGGUCUACCGUCGCAGCCUACCCGGAUACCGACUCCUCAGCCUAGUCCGAGGAAAUCUGCAAGCCCUUACUACUUAUUAGGGGGAAAGAGCCCGCGCUACGAGCAACUAGCCAGCAGCGGCCACAGCAGCAUCUCCCCCGCGUCCCGCUUCACCCCCAGUGAGGGGCGAAGCUCCCUCACCGACCCGAGCCCCGACCACGAUCGAGCAGGGAAGGAUACAGUUGAUAAUCCUGCUACGAUGCCAGAGUCGAGGCGCUCCAAGUCGGCGCACGGCGAGCACUCUCGCCGGAGAAGUGAGCCUUUCGCUCAGCCCAGCGCGUCCCUCGACCGCCGCACCAGCCUCGACGCUGCGGCCUUUCGACCCGAACAACAUCUCACCCACCACGAUUCCAAAGCUUCCCUCGCCUCCUUACAAACUGAAAACAGUACUGACGACGCUUUCGUCAAAUGCAAAUACCCUAAAUGUUCCUCUCGCGCUCCCCUAGCGGACGCCAAAAGACAUUACAAGACUUGCCACAACUGCACGACCACCUACUGUUCCAAGGAGUGUAGACGAGCUCACUGGGAGAAACAUAGGAAAGUGUGUCUCCAUUCCCGAGCGAGUACGCUGUGUAGACAAAUAAUUUCGGCUGCGAAAGAAGAUUCGGAUUCCUUGCACCAAAUAAGCACAAUUGCUCAUAAAGGUUACCUCGCCCAGGGAAGAGGAGUCGUAAAAGUCUUCUUCACCAGUCCAGAGGCAGCCGAAAAGUUCACCACCCACGGCUACCAAUACCUCAGCGAGCCUGAAUUCAUCAAGUGGCAUUCCCUGCAACCCAACGAAAUGGGCGCAGAAUUAUACACUGAAGUUGUGAAACUCUGCAAAUCUUACAACCCCGAAACGAGAGUCAUCUUAUAUGUUGCCGUUUGCAUCAUUAGCGAAGUGCCAACAAAAGGUGCAGUCAAAUGGGAACGACAAAUGGUAUCCAGAUGCGCCAAACUAAGACUUAGUAAAUCAGUAUCCGUAACAAUCCAGGAGCAGAAUCGAAAAAGAAGUAGACGGGACAGUAAAGGAACGCCAGAAGACAGGGAGACGUUGAUUCUCACGUCAAAAUUGACCAACGCGGGAGAGAAGAAUGCAGCCACAGCGCACAAGUUUAGGGAGAUCUGUUUUAGGAACAUUCUCAAAGAAUUCGAAAGUCGGGGAGUGGUGUUAAAAAAGCAUUUUCCGGAGGUUUACUCGCGGUUGGCGGCGUACGUGGACGGUACGAGUGAUAGGUUCAUUCCGAUGACGAUAUACCCGAAAGACGCGACUAAUGGGAAGUCGUUUAUGUGUGUGAUCAUGCCAGAUAGUGAGAUGGACGGUACGCCGGUGGAUGGCCAGGUCGUUACAGUGGACGUUGGUGUGGACCGAUCCAAGCACCAACUUUCGACGCCUAUGUAAUACCUUCAUACAGGACUACUUUAUAUGUCUGCAUUAAUGUGUGGCGCAGUCGCUAAUCUGUAAUCGCUUUGACGCUCUUGUCUCGAGAGUAAGUUGUCAUGUUAAUUAAUUUUGAACGUUAUUUCAAUGCAUGUAAAGUCGUUAACAGUUUGAUAGUAACAGACGCGCGGAAACUGGUCUUCAAACUGGUUUUUUCCUCUUGUUGGUAUAGACGAUAUGUAACUCAUUCGCGUAUUAAUAGUAUUAAAGAACAAAACACAAAAGUUGGUUUUACAAACAUAUUGAGACAUUACAAAAUAUUAUAAUAGUACAACUAUAAAAGUAAGCUAGCAAACUAUGUUUGAUAAAUUGACUUCGUUAUACAAAAUCCAACGACCAUUGGCUAGGCCUGCUAUCCACGUAACGUUAAUAUGGCGAGUAGAAUAUUAAGAAUGAUGUAAUCGCUCAAAGCUGUAUUCUUAUGAGAAACAUCUUAAUUAUUUGAAAAUGGUUUGAUAUCUUGAUAUCUCUAUUCUCGAUCCGACGCAAUUGUUUUAAUAAGGGAUUAGUGUUGGAUGUGCUCCUAAUACAUUUAUUAUCAAUGAUGUAAGAAGAAAAAAGAGGUAGAUAGGUUAUACGCGGACCGCAAGUGGCACGUUAAAACUAUGCUAAUUAGCAAACCUGAGCUCAGUCGCCCCACUGUCAUCGCGCCGUUGACAAGGACGCUGAAAUAUAUUUUGUGUGCCAGUAAACAUCGAAUGUGGUUUAUGUAACCUAUCUACCUCUUUUUUCUUCUUACAUCAUUGUUUAUUAUACAUACAUUUUAUAAAUAUUAUAAUAUACUUGUAAUAUCGACUGGGUAUCAUGGGAUUCGUUAUAAAAUAGAGAAAUAAAAUGUAAAAAACAUGCAUUUCGCGUUCUGACGUUACUUAUUUACUGUAAUAUACACCCGUAUUUAACACUACUAGGUACAUGCGUAACUAAAAAGUGCGAAUCAUUUAAAUAAGGUUCUUGACUAUUUAGUGAAAUAUUUAAAAAUCAACCUAAAGUGUUAAUUUUGUCAAAGAAUCACCUAACUACUUAAGUGUUUAUUUAAGUGUUAAGUAGAUUCCUAAACAAAAUUCGCUUGGAAUUACUUGAGUUAUAUUUAAAUUUAAAUUCUCUUUAAUUCAUAUUAAUUGAUUAUGAAACAAGGCUAAAACUCACGUGAUAUGAGGUCGGAGUAUGCUCGACUAGUUUCGAACCCUUAAUCAUGUGCUGGGUUGCGGUACGAUCCUAACUAAUUCUUUAAUUCCGCUUUUCUAAAUAAAAUAUAAUGUAUUUUUUUGCUUAUAUAAGACUUACAUUUCAAGCUUUUAGCUUUUUUGUUCUUGAUCCGUUAAUUUCUACUGUGUUACAAUGGUCUUAGUUAUGUUGAAAUACGGGUGUUUACUUGAACUUUCAUCGCUUUUGGAAAUAUGAUAUAAAUAAUAUGCCUUUUAGAAAGGAUUAAUAAACUAGUUGAUAAUUUUGUAUUAAUUUAAAUUAAAUAUAUAGUUAAAAUUUAUUAAAUAUACACCUGUUUAAUUUAUUAUAGCAUUUAAUAGGGUUUUAUUUAUAGUACAAAAAUGUUAGAGGUUUCAGUCAAGUUUCAGUACACGUAGGUACGACUAUAUAUUACAAAAUUUUAAUUCGUUAUAUAUAUUAUGUGCAAUUAAAUUUACGUUUGAAACAAAUAUAAUCAUAUAAUAAUAAGUUAAAUAAAUAGUUUUACACUUUUUGACAAUAGUUUAAUUAUAAAAUAUUAUUAUAAUAUGUAUAAUUAAAUCAAGGAACUGGGCAACACUGAGAAAUGUGGAUGAAUUUAUAUUUCGUAAAUAAUUGUGCUUAAUAAAUUGUAAAAUAUAUAAUUUUAUACGAAGCUUCGAAGAGCUUCAAGUAGUUAUGACAUAAUAUAUAUGAAAAUAUAUUAUUUUUUUCACUUAAAAUUGUUACUUACUAUAAUAUUUAAAACUUUAAUACUAAAAAUAUUAGUAUAAUUCUUCUAAAUCAAAUUAGUAUUUAAAAGGCCUCCAAAUCAGAAGGUCACCUUUUGUGAAGUUGGAUUAUUUUUUAUUAUAUCAAGAGGAACUUUCUCGAGGAAGAAGACAUUGUUUUGUCUUUCAGAACGAAUACAGUAGGUACAGUCGACAACAAAUAUGCAAAACACUAAAAAUGCAUUUUUUGAAAUACAUUUUUUGUACAAAAGAGCGAAUUUUCUUCCGAUUUUGUACAAUGCAUGCAACAAAAUAUAUUGCUUAAAAUAUACAUAAUACAUGUAAUUUUGAAGUAAGUUUCAUUACAUAUAAGAGGCACAAAAUUGUUGUAACCAUUAUCUCAUCUUGUAUGAAGUGCCAAUCCAUUGAUAAUAAAUUAAUAACAAAAUAAAGUAUGCCCCGGUUUUAUUAGAAUAAAUUAUGAAUGUGCUGAAAAGGAGCAUAUACAUUAUACAUAGAUAGCGGGAUCAUCUUCAUAUAUGGGUCCCUAAAGUUAUUUGGUAUUCCUAAAAUCAAAGUGAGUAUAGUUACACCAACAUAAACUGCAAUAAUAUAACCAGAUUAAUUUAGAAACAGCUAUUUUGAAGAUAUUAAAAAAAUAAAUUUUCAUAAUUAUACGCAUUUACUGAUAUUGUAAAUAAAUAUACGAUUUAAUAGAUAGAAAAAUGUCGUUUACAGUUUUUUUGUUAUUGUACUUUUUCACACUAUUUAUUGUUAUUGUUGUCAUGUUAUCGUGGUGUUCAAUUUACAAGACCUUUUCUAUGUUGCGCAUUUUUGUGUAUUUUUAGUCCAUAAUUAAAAUUAAAAUUCAAAAUGCCAAUAGUUAAAGCUAAAGUGUUUUCACAUUACUGAUGAGGUGGAACAUAAUAUUGAUUAUUGUAUAAUUCAAAAGGGUGCUUAGUGCCUCGCCUAAUAAUUUUAUGGUAAUAUCCAUUAUUUAUUAUUAUAGGUAUAACCACCUAUGUAUUGAAGUUAUUUACAAAAUGCGUAGCACACUGUACAUUAAAGCUAUAAUUUUUUAUGUAUUAAAUGUUGGCGUAAACUUAGACAAUACUUGUGAUUAUUUAUUGUCCUUUUAAUGAUACACAUUAGUUUUUCAUUCAGAUUUGUGUUACUCAUACAUGUUUUCAUUAAAGAUAUGAUUGAAAUAAUGUAUUAUGAUUGAAAUUAAAAUUUUGAACUGAGUGGACUCAUGUAUGUGUCUAUUUAUUCAGAGAUCAUCAAUUAUUUAGAUCUCAAAUGCCUGUUAUAAACUCGCAUCCUAUACGCCUUGCCAGAAAUAAUUCCUAAUUUCAUGUUAUAUGUAUCAUGAAGUGACAUUUCAAAAAAUAUUGUUUAAUACCAUGUUGUCCUUUUUCUACACUCACAUUGAGAGCAGAAAAAGCAUGACAUAUAUUGAGUGUAUUGGCCCUAAAGGGCCCGGAUCUUAUAAUGCAUAGUCCCUUAUUUAUAAAAAGUUAAAUGGGCCAAAUGUGACCAAAAUGCAUUUAUAAUAAUGAAAUUUUCUAAACAUUCCUCUAGCUAGCUCCCCCCCUGCGUAAAUAAUGCGUUACAAAUUUAGACAUAUUAUAAACUCUACUGUAAUUAUUUAUAACUUCUAAAAUAGUCAAAUGCCUCGUAAAAAGAUAUUUCAUACAUUGAUAUAUUUCAUAUUGUUACCAUAUCAAUUGUUUUUCAUAGUCUGGUAUUAUAGAUUUUUUUAUCUAGUUGUCUCUAUGAUGUACGUAUUUCAAAUAAACAAUGCAGCUAUA